AUGAGGCCGAUGAAAAUGAGGAACGGUGACAAAGUUGGCAGCCAUGAUCCACAAAGCUUGGCGGACGUCCAAAACCUGUGGAACCAAUGGGAGAUCCACUGCCUGAUAGUGGCAAGCUUCGCCUUGCAAGUGUUCCUCUUCUCCACCGCGGGCCUCCGGCUGCGCAGCUCCUCCCGUGUCGUGGGGGUGCUGCUGUGGCUGGGCUACAUGUCGGCCGACUCCGUCGCCGUGUUCGUCCUGGGCCAUCUCUCCGUCCACACCGCCGGCGGCGGCCACCAGCUGCUUCUCUUCUGGGCGCCCUUCGUGCUCCUCCAUCUGGGCGGCCAGGACACUAUCACGGCUUUCUCCAUGCAGGACAACGCUCUGUGGAUGCGCCACCUGCUGGGCUUCGCCUCGCAGCUGGCGGUGGCCGUCUUCGUCGUCUCCAAGUCGCCCUGGCCAGACCGCCGGCUCCUCGCCGCCAUGCUGCUCAUGUUCCUGUCGGCGAGCAUCAAGUACGGCGAGCGCAUCUACUGCCUCGCCACGGCCAACCCAGGGCGGCUCAUGAAGGAGUUCCUGCGUGGCUUUGAAGACCGAAUACGCUCCAUCAAGGAGAUGCAAGCCAUCGCCAGAGAAGGCCUGGGGUCCUAUCUCAGCAGCCGCACGUUCACCGAGGUGUCCCUGAAUCCUGCCAUGGACAUCAUGUCCACGGACAUCCUGCCCGACUACGACUGGUCCGUCUCCCGCGACGUCUUCUUGGACCUCUACUCCAAGCAGAUCGAUCCUUCCACGCCACAUUACCGUCGCAACGCCUACUUCUUCGCCGAGGACAGGCUCUGGGUCUGCUACCAACGUCUCUACACCAAGGCCGUGUUCCGUCUCUCCCCUGCUGGCGCCUUGCUCCAUCUCCUCGGGUUUCUCUCCACCUCGGCGGCCAUGGCGCUCUUCUUCAUGGCAGGUAAAAGCGGCUACGGCGGAGCUGACGUCGCCGUGUCCACCCUGUUGCUCGUAGGCGCCGUCACUCUGGAGGCAGCCUCCUUCUUCAUGUCCAUGUUCUCCCGCGAAGACCUCUGGAGGCACCCGCUCUGCUGCUCCGGCAAGCUCCCUGUGAUCCACUGCGUCUUCUUCAUCACCUGCGGGACUUGCGCCGAUUCGCUAAGGAGGAGGUGGCGGAGACCGCAGUGGUCCAAAACACUAACGCAGUACAGCAUCAUCCAGAGAUCCGUCAAGAGAGCUUCCGGCAGCUCAAUGGUGCCGCGGUGGGUCGUCGAGCGCCUGAGCUCGAGCGCGUCUGGCGUCGAGCGCAUUCCCGUCGCCGACGACCUCAAGCACCUGGUCGUCAAGAAACUGCUAGACGAUAAGAUGAUGGCGACGGACUUCACCAGCUCGCGGGGCGAGGUGGCGCUGGGGAGGCGGUGGGCUGAUCAGCAGCCGCCACAGAGCCUCAGCCUGUCAGAGAAGGUCCUAAGCGAGAGUGUGAAGGAAGUGGAUUUCCCAACCAGCGUGCUCAUCUGGCACAUUGCCACGGACAUACGCUUCUUCACCGACGCUGCCGGCGAGGCCUCCGACGACAAAACCAUUAUUAGCAGGCAGCUCUCAGGUUACAUCAUGUACCUCAUCUUCAAGUGCGGCGUCAUGCUCAGCAGCAACUCCAAGUUCCUGCUCCGCAAAGCCGGUGAUGAGAUCACCGCUCUUGUCAAGGCCGGGCGGCGAGAUGAACAACAUGAUGGAUCAUCAUCCCGGGGUAAGAAAGGCAUAGCCAUGGCUGUGCAGCAUUUGGUGGGAUCGCCGCUGUUCGCGCAGGCACGCUCUAGUUCAGACACAGUGCCGGCCAACCCCAGCACCGCUGAUAUCCUCGGUGACCCGGUGCUGCCUCGCGCGUUCAGGGUGGCCGAGUCGCUGGCCGGCGUCCCGGAAGCCGAUCGCUGGGGGCUCAUCGUCGAUGUCUGGCUGGAGAUGCUCUACUACAUUGCGCCUCGCUGCGGGGCCGCGUUCCAUCGCGAGCAUCUCAGCACCGGUGGGGAGUUCAUCACGCAUGUCCUCGUCGUAAUGUAUACCAUAGGCCCCCUCGGCUAUCACCCAAGUCUGCUUAAGUUUGGACCUCACUAG